AUGAAGUACAAGUUGGAAACACCAUCAAAGAAUGAGAAGAAAUUCAAACUACCCCUUGAAGACCGUCUCUUCUUGACUCUUGUCCGUUUAAGGAGGGGUACUCCUCUGGUAGACUUAGGAUUUGUUAUGGGCAUUGGCAAAACCCAGGCCAGUGAAAUCUUUUUUGCAGUAUUAAGGCACAUGUACCUAACAUUUCAAAAAUUUAAGGAUCGCAUGCUCAUGACCGUAGAAGAACAAAAGAAGAAUGUACCGAAAGUGUUCAAGCCUUUCAAAAAUCUGCGUAUGAUUAUUGAUGGAGCUUCGUUCAAAUUACAAGUACCUUCUGAUUUUCAACAACAGGGGAAUACUUAUUCUGAUUAUAAAUCAUACAAUACUGCUCAUUUCAUCAUUGGGAUUAAUCUAUAUGGAGGAGUGUCUUUUGUUAGCGAAGCUUAUGAAGGAGCAAUUUCAGACAAAGAGACUGUGAAUUACAGCAAACUACUAGAUUUGUUCCAACCAGGGGAUGCUGUAAUGGUAGACCGUGGUUUUGAGUUGAAGAGUGAAUGUAUGUUACGCCAAAUAGAGCUUAUAAGGCCGCCAUCUCUGGGCCAGCGCAAUCGCUUCACCCCAAAGGAAGUAUUAGUAACCAAAGCCAUUGCCAAAGCACGCAUCUAUGUUGAACAUGCCAUUGGAAAAAUCAAGGACUUUCGUCUGCUGAGGUUCACUAUCACUAACAAGAUGAUACCUUACAUAGAGGACAUGGUGUUUGUGUGUGCAUGUUUGACAAACUUUGACCCUCCACACCUCAUCAAGAAACCAAAGAAGAAAAAGAAGGCAUCUAAGACUAAUGGUCAACAGAAGACUACCAAGAAAUCUUCUAAGGGUCCCUCUAAAGUCUCAUCAAAAUCCAACUGAAUAUUUGAGUUUUGUCUCAACCUUCUAAUUACUGCCUAAUUUCAACAUAUUGUUAAUUUUUGAAUAAUUUUAAUUUUGUUCUUUCUUUUUGGGUUAUUGUUAUAAGCUAAAGAUUAUUAACUUUAAAAAAUUGUUACUAAAUAUUUUCAAUAAAUAAAAAAAACCUGGAAAGAAAAUUAUGAGUUGAUGAAUUAGUAUAAGGUCAGGCAAGUAGGGUACAC